AUGGAUGAGAGUAGUGGUGAACCCGAAGUACAUGUGGUGUCAGAGGAGACACAAGAAGUGCAGACUUUGGACACAGAAGUCGACGACAGAGACAAAGAUGAGACGAAAGGAUCGGAAGAGAUGUCGGAAGCAGAAGAGGGCGGAGAGAGUGGUGUCGGAGACCAACACAAAGACACUCCAGAAGUGACAGAAGAAGGCGAUGAGAAGGAAGGCAUUGAUAAUUGUGAACCAAAUGAAGGUGAUCAACCAUUUGUGUGCUUUUGGCCCAAUUGUGGCAAACGAUUCACUUAUAAAUCACAUCUCAAUCGACACAAGAGUGCCGUCCAUUUUUGGAGAUUCAUCUGUGAUAUCGAGGGUUGUGGUCAACGGUUUUCUCUGAAGGCUAAUCUCAAUCAACACAAAAGCAUACACUCGGGAAGAAAGCCUUUCAAAUGCAAUGAAAUGGAUUGCGGCAAAUGUUUCGCGCAAAAAGUCGGGUUAAAUCGACACAAUAUUGCCGUUCAUUUGAAUGAAAAGAGAUUUAAAUGCAAUUAUAAGGGAUGUGAGACACAGUUUUCAUUAAAACAUAAUCUAAUUGCUCACAAACGGGUCCACUCGGGAGAGAAGCCCUACGCUUGCGAUGCAUGCAUUGCGACAAACGAUUCUCACAGAAAUCAGCGCUAA